UUAUUGAUAAAUUAAUAACCACGUGACACGUUAGAACUCCUCACGUGACUCACUGGACCAACACCGCCCUUUCUGCGCUCUACAACGCACUCGUCCGUACAACACUACUUGCACACUUGGAAGUUGGCUCACGUUGAACGGAUGACCAGCAUAUCAAUAGGUAGAUCACUCUGUAGAUGGGUUGUGCGAUUCAAACCUCUCUCUAACCCAAACCCUAGAAAUCUCCACAACACGAACCACAUCCGUCACACUUUUAACCUAACCAUAGUUAGACGCUUUUCAGUCAUUUCGAGAAUAAAGGAGAGCAGUGGCUCUGCUCACGGUGGAGGAUCGAUCGCUUCUAGGGUUUCGACCAUGUCGCAAGAGGUUCACUUUGCGUUGUCUUCGUCUUGUGCUCUCAAAAUCCGGAAGGGAGACAUCACCCAGUGGUCCGUCGAUGGCUCUUCCGAUGCCAUUGUUGCUCCGGCAAAUGAGCGAAUGCUUGGAGGUGGUGGUGCUGAUGGAGCCAUACAUAGAGCUGCUGGUCCAGAACUCCGAGCAGCAUGCUAUAAUGUCCCAGAAGUCCGACCUGGAAUUCGCUGCCCCACAGGAGAAGCGAGGAUUACCCAAGGUUUUAGAUUGCCUGCAUCUCAUGUAAUUCAUACAGUUGGACCCAUAUAUGAUGUUGAUGGUGAUCCUGAAGCUUCUUUGAGAAGCGCAUAUAGAAACAGUUUACGUGUUGCCAAAGAGAACAGCAUUCAAUAUGUUGCAUUUCCAGCCAUAUCGUGUGGUAUCUAUGGGUAUCCUUUUGACGAAGCUGCUACUGUGGCUAUAUCCUCAAUCCGAGAGUUUGCAAAUGACUUCAAAGGGGUUCAUUUUGUUCUGUUUGCAGAUGAUAUAUUUGAUGUUUGGUUGAAAAAGGCAAAUGAACUGCUCCGGAAUUAGUUAUCACCAGCGGCUGAAUUGUGGCUGUGUGUGUGUUAUUCAAUGAAGAUGCGGAAUGAAUACGAUGGGAUGAAAGUUGACAAUGUUGUUAUCUGUGUGAAACUGAGAAAUUGACAGAGCUAGUAUUAUAGUAUAGAUGAGACCUGUCCUUUGAACAUAUCGAUUCUGGUGAUUCUUAUCCGUUUUAAAUAUAAUGAAAAUUUUGUUAUAUAUUAGAUGAAACCUUAUAAAGCUGCUCUCCCUUCUUUCAAUGAUCACCUACAUUGAUCUGAAAAAAGAAAAAGAAAAAGCCCAAUCAAAGAGGAAAAAAUAAAGAGAGAAAUAAACAUGUAUAUUGAGUCCUGGCGGCUUGGUUCAGUUCUAAAAAAUUCUAGAAACAAUUAUAAAAGACAUUUCUUGAAAACAGUUUUUUAAUAAUUGAGUUUUUAGAAAAUUAAAUUUAAGUUUUUUCAAAAAUAGAAAAUUGUUCUCUGAGUUACAAAUAAGUCUCCUGUAAGAAAAAUGAAAUUGUUCCUCCCAUCAACCUCAAUUUUACACUCUUUAUGCAGUAUUAUUAUCCAUCAAAUUCACAAUCUCAGCAGGGAAAGAGAAUAAAAACAAAUUAAAAAAAAAAAUGAAAAAAAAAUGUAGACUUAUUAUUGUUCCAACAAACCAAUAAACAGUAAUUAUUUUUGCAUCGUUAAAAAGAAAAUGCUGAGUUUUGAUUGGUUAAAAAAAAAAAAAAAAAAAACUAUAUAAUCAAUAUUCCGUAGUAUUGAAUAUUUUUUCGAGAAUUUCUCAUUCAAGAUGUAGCAGAAAACACUAUCACCGUAACCAUCUACCAAACGUCGUUAAAGCCUUUCUGGUCGAGAGAGCGCGUGAUCUGAACGCUCGAACGUUUUUCUAUUAUUUAUUUAUUUAUUUUCCUAAACUUUUUAAUCCCCGCGUAAAAUGAUGGAGAAAGCAGUAACAAGGACUCUGAGAAUAUACGUAUACAUAUAUAUACACAUAUGUAUGUAUGUGUAUACCAAACGGUAGUUCCACUGCUAAAAGCGACUGUAUAGUCGAAGCUGUUGAUGGUAAUAAAGCUCAAACUGUCUAAAUCGAGUAGAUGAAGCGUAGACUAGAUGGAGAAGAUGAGUAAUGAUCAGAGGCUUCCUAGUUUCAUCAGCAAAGGAUGGUGAAUCUGAUGUGCUUUAAAAGGAAAUAGGUUGUUAUAUGAUGUUGUUGUAGAGGCCCCUAUAUGUCACUCACGCAAAGAUUAGCAGGUAUGGAAACAUUUCCAAUCUGUAGUAUUUCAAAUAUUGAACAGCAACUAGUGGCAGUACUGUACCAAAAUGAAGAUGUUGGCAAGAGCAGUUCUCUGUAUGUUAUAUUUCUAAAUUGCAUAGGUCUGGAUAAAGAUCAAAGCUUACCCUCUACCAAAGCAUUGAUGGAGCUAGUUUGGAUGUAUUAGAAAGAAAGAAAAAAGAUCGAUGUGAAGCAUUGGGAAGCAAAAACAAACGAGAACGAGGAAGUAGAAGAAACUCCGCUGUUCUAAGCCAAAAAGGUUUAUCCUUUCUCUGGUAAGUAAGCCAAAAAGUUUAUCGAAACAACAGAAUGAGAAAUAAUUAAGAAUGAGUGUGGACCAAGUCUCUGGCAUUUUCUUCCAAAACAAGCCAAAGAAGUGUGCUUGGAAUGGCCCCUGGAUCCAAUUAUAUAUUGCUAUCUUGUGCUUUGUGGGUUUUGUUUUCUCAACAACUAAAAAUUCUUAUAUCAAUUCAAUUUGCUGUCAACACAAUGCAACAUCAUCUGGAUUACCGAAUGUUUACUUUACAAUAUUACCUCGUUGUUUGCAGUGACCCGUUGGUGUUUAUGAAGGGUAUUGGUUAGGAUGGUAA